CAGAAACCAACGUCGCCGCAGCCUUCCAGCCUCACGCCACUGACUCAGUCUAUAUCUGCGUGCCACAAACGCCGUAUCUCUCUGUGGGGUUGCAAAGGGGGAGAAUCGAGCUAUGGCGGCGGUGAAUGGAGGCGGGGUGAGCUUGGCUUCGCAGGCUUACAUGGAGGGGAAAGCGGUCAAGGAAACGAGGGCGUUGGUCGCUGAUCUCUGCCGUCAAUUCUACAGCCUCGGCUGGGUUUCCGGCACCGGCGGCAGCAUCACCAUCAAGGUCCACGAUGAUUGCAUCCCCAAACCACAGCAGCUCAUCCUCAUGUCCCCUUCUGGUGUUCAGAAGGAGAGAAUGGAAGCAGAUGAUAUGUAUGUCAUGUCAGGAAAUGGGUCUAUACUGUAUGCACCGUCUCCGAAGCCCUACCCUCACAAGCCUCCUAAGUGCUCUGAUUGUGCUCCUCUAUUUAUGAAGGCAUAUGAGAUGCGUGAUGCAGGAGGAGUCAUUCACAGUCACGGGAUGGAGUCUUGCCUCGUGACAAUGCUCAAUCCAUCAGCAAAAGAAUUCAGGAUUACUCACAUGGAGAUGAUAAAAGGGAUAAAGGGUCAUGGAUAUUAUGAUGAACUUGUUGUACCAAUAAUAGAGAAUACAGCCUAUGAGAAUGAGCUGACAGAAUCUCUUACUAAAGCUAUAGAAGCAUACCCAAAGACAACGGCUGUUCUAGUUCGAAACCAUGGAAUAUAUGUAUGGGGGGACACAUGGAUUAGCGCCAAAACUCAGGCUGAAUGUUAUCAUUAUCUGUUCGAUGCUGCAAUCAAACUUCAUCAAAUGGGCCUGGACUGGUCUACCCCAAGCCAUGGCCCGAUCCAGCAGGGCAGAGGAGCUAUAAGUGCACCAGUGAAGGCAGGACUGAAGGAUUCAAAUCACAAUAGUGAGCCUUUGCCUGUAAGCUCUCUUGUGCAUGAUACUGUUAGUUCAAAUAUAUACGUUGAUAUGCGCUGCAUCCUCCUGGACAUUGAAGGGACUACCACACCUAUAACGUUUGUAGCUGAUGUCCUUUUUCCUUAUGCACGUGACAAUGUGGGAAAGCAUCUGUCCGCAACAUAUGACACCGAAGAUACUCAAGAAGAUAUAAAGUUGUUGCGAUCCCAGGUUGAAGAUGACUUGGCGCAAGGUAUUGAUGGCGCUGUGUCCAUUCCACCAAAUGAUGCUGGAAAGGAUGCGGUGAUUGCAGCACUGGUUGCUAAUGUUGAGGCAAUGAUAAGAGCAGAUCGCAAGAUCACUGCCUUGAAACAAUUACAAGGGCACGUAUGGAGAACUGGCUUUCAGAACAAUGAACUGAAAGGAGAAUUUUACAAUGAUGUACCUGAAGCACUGCAGAGCUGGCAUUCCUUGGGCAUAAAGGUCUAUAUAUAUUCCAGUGGUAGCAGAUUGGCGCAACGGCUUAUAUUUGGGAACACAAAGUCUGGAGAUUUGAGAAAAUACUUGUCUGGGUUUUUCGACACUAAUGUUGGGAACAAGAGGGAGACAAGCAGUUACAUUCAGAUUUCUGAAUCAUUGGGAGUAGAUAACCCAUCCGAAAUCUUGUUCUUGACAGAUGUCGUUCAAGAAGCAGUUGCAGCGAAAGCAGCAGGUCUGAAGGCGAUGAUCUCUGUUCGGCCAGGGAACGCACCUCUGCCUGAGAAUCAUGGGUUCAAGACCAUCAACUCUUUUCUGGAAAUAUGACAUUUAUCCCCUAAUGUGCUUGUUGGUUUGCACUGUGUCAUCUAAUGCCCUGUGUUACUUUUUUUUUAUAUCAUCUGAACACUAAAACACUACUAGCACCUGGUGACUACUGACUUGUACAAACGAAAUAAAUCCCUGUAUCUUACGGUCUACUGUUUGGAUGUGAGAUUGUUAAAAUGAAAGCGGAUAUCGAUAUCGGUGUCAAAACAGAGGUAGCUAAAUCCAUCUCCGUCUCACUCCUGUCGUAUCAUAUUUUUUCCGUCUAUUCUCUCAUAC